AUUUCACCCAUCCCGCUAGAUGCUGCUUUAGCUCCGUCCCUCAUGACGCGCUCUCACUUCACCAGCUUUUUCCACUCAUUCGCCAGAGUUGAGCAGACAGAGAGACGCAGGCAGCGCCGUCUCCACAAGGACAGCAGACGAGGGGAAACAGAGGCUGAAGAUGGAGGCCUUUAAUCACAGACUGAACACAUAUAUUGACUCAUGGAUGGGUCCCAGAGAUCCUCGUGUGAGAGGAUGGUUUCUGCUGGACGACUACCCCCCCACUUUCGUCUUCACCAUCCUAUACCUCCUGAUUGUAUGGCUGGGGCCAAAGUACAUGAAGGACAGGCAGCCGUACUCCUGCAGGAGGAUCUUAGUGGUGUAUAACCUGGCUCUCACUCUACUGUCCCUCUACAUGUUUUAUGAGCUUGUGACUGCUGUGUGGCAAGGUGGAUAUAAUUUCUUCUGCCAGGGCACUCGCAGCGCGGGAGCGGCCGAUGACAAGAUCAUUCACGUCCUGUGGUGGUAUUACUUCUCCAAGCUCAUCGAGUUCAUGGACACAUUCUUCUUCAUCCUGCGGAAGAACAACCACCAGAUCACCUUCCUGCAUGUCUAUCACCACGCCACUAUGCUCAACAUCUGGUGGUUCGUCAUGAACUGGGUGCCGUGUGGCCACUCCUACUUCGGUGCCACCUUCAACAGCUUCAUCCACGUGCUUAUGUACUCCUAUUAUGGGCUCUCAGCCGUUCCUGCCAUGCGACCGUACCUUUGGUGGAAGAAGUAUAUAACUCAAGGACAGCUGGUCCAGUUUGUGUUGACCAUGUUCCAGACGUCCUGUGCUGUAGUCUGGCCGUGCGGUUUUCCGAUGGGCUGGCUGUAUUUCCAGAUCAGUUAUAUGAUUAGUCUCAUCAUUCUCUUUAUGAACUUCUACAUAAAGACAUACAAGAAGCACGGAGCAUCCCGGAAAAAGGAUUACCGGAACGGUGUUGUUGCAUCUGUGAACGGCCACACAAACGGGAUGACCCCAGCAGAGACGGUCAAGCACAGGAAGCCACGGGCAGAUUGAUGACUUCACCAAGUCGACCCUCCGAAUCCUCACAGCUCAUCCAUGUCUGUGUAACAUUACUAAGAAAGUGAUGUAGGACUUCAUAAUGCACCAGAGGAGCCCAGUAGACCCACCGUAGACACAAACAAACAGCUAAAGCCAUUUAAUCUUUAGGAGAUUCCUAACAUUACAAACCUCAACCUGUUAUUGUUCAUACUGAAUUAAGGACCAGAGGACAGAGCGGACAGAGACAGGCUGUAGACUAAAAGGAAACAGGGUCCAACUUAUAUAGAAAGACUUUUUCAGUUAAUUUACUUUCAAUUCUUGUUUAAUUGAAUGAGAUUUCAUGACCAUUUGUGUCACCACCAAGUCUUAAAUGUGUCUUAUGAAUGUCCAGUACAGUGCGAAGGUCAGAGACUACCAUUUUAUUUAUUUAAUUCCCAGCCAAAAUGGCCAAUAAAUGCAAGUAAUUUGUUUUUCAGUUUCAGGGAAAAAGCAGAAACAUAUUUAACAGAAAAAUUCCAACAUCUGAAUGUAAUUAAUAUCAAAUUAGGCUUGUUUUAUUUACGCCUUAUAUUUUUUGAAAUUCAGGUUUGGAGACUCACGUUUUUCCCCCCAGUUAUUUGUAUCUGACUUUGCCCUUAAUUAUGCCUAAAAGUUUUGGCACCCCAUCAUGCCAUGUAACCCAACCGGCACAGGGAGACUUGACUUGGACUCUCCCUGGCUCCGCCCACUUACCUCCUCUCUCACACACUUGCAGAUCAUUCCAUAGACAUUAAGUCUCCCAUAUAUAUUCCUUUGCUUUUUCCAGUUGUUGUGAAGUCUCUGUUUCCUACCUGAGGUCCAAGCCCAUUUUUAUUUGUAUUGUUUUCUUGUUCAGACCCUUUCUUAUCUCUGUUUUUUUAAGUAUGGUUCCACCUUUUCUAUUGCCUUCUUGUGUGUUGACCCCUGCCUGUUAUAUAUAAAUAAGUGUUGGGCUGCCCCUAAUAAAACCAUUUCGCAUUAGCUACAUGCUUCAGCCCCUACAUUACAACCCCUACUCAGAUGACGUUUUUUUGAUGAUUCCUGAGUUUAACAUAUUGGCAAAAAUCAAAUAGAAAUUUGGAUAUAAUAUUUAAGAUUGGAAGUUGAAUAAAUGAAGGGUGGUCUCUGACUUCUACACAGUACUGUAUAAGAAUGCUAAAGCUUAUAGGGUAUUUUGAACAGUCAAAACAAGCCCCAAUUGCAAUGUGAUGUGCAGAUAUGUAUUUUGCACUGAAAACUAUGUACACGUUACGUUGGUGCAGAGAAAAGUGAAGGAUAUAAUGAAUUGUCAGCGUCAGAUCAGUGGCAGGUAUUUAUAGCACAGUAAAUAAUAGGCUACUGAAUGUAAAUGAAUAGAAAUUGUUUGAAAUUAUUGUCUCCAGAUUGGUGAAACCAGUGUGUCGAUUAUUAGUGUGAUAUUUUUAGAUUAUUCUGUAGGUUUACACAUUUCAAAAACAUGGCCAUGUUCUCCAGUAAGUGUUGUGACUUGGCGAAGGGAACUGACCCUUCAAGGCUUAUGCACUGAAAAGGCCUGACUCAGGAGAUCGGACGUUUCAACCGAGCACAGCGGCAUGAGGUCUGAAUAUACACCAUUGUGUUUUAUAUAUUUGCUACUGAGAAGUAAAAAAUGGAUUUGACAUUUCAUAUUUCCACUCGAGACAUUUACACUCGGCCUUCAGUAGUAGACCAUCUUGCAGCUUGUGUUAAGCUUUGCAGCACUAUGCAUUAAACACUGUGGUUGUUGUUGUG